CCUGGUAGCUUUGGGACCUGGUUCGGUGUUGCCCGGUUCAGCUGGGUAGUUUUCAGGACUCCAACUCUUACCUUUCCUGCUCACAGGGAGAUGAUGGCUGGGGCCCCGAGUGUUAGAGGRCCCCUUCUUGUGGUUCUCCUGCAGCUUGUCCUCAUUUGCUCCUCGCAAAGGAAUCAGGGACCCCCUGGUCCUCCUGGACCCCCAGGAGUCCCAGGAAUUGAUGGCAUUGCUGGGGAAAGGGGGGCAGACGGCGAGGACGGGGCUCCGGGACCUGAUGGAGACGCAGGUAAACCUGGUUCUUCAGGAUUACCAGGAAUCCCUGGAAAGGAUGGAUCACGUGGGCCUGGGGGACUUCUGGGGGAAGUAGGAAAAGUUGGACCACCUGGGUCCAUGGGUGUGAGAGGACCACAGGGACCUCGUGGACCAGCCGGCCCUAGAGGUGCAGCUGGAGCCCUGGGCACUUCUGACCUGUGUCCAAACUCUUGUCCACCUGGAACCUCUGGACAUCCUGGUCUACCUGGUAUGAAGGGCCACAAAGGGGUAAAAGGUGAAGCAGGAGAGCCUGGGAAGCAGGGACACAAGGGUGAAGAAGGAGACCAGGGAGGUCCAGGAGAGGUCGGAGCCCAGGGUCCAACGGGACCUCAGGGGAUUCGCGGCGCCACAGGAAUGAUGGGUCUCAAGGGAGAGAUGGGUGUUCGAGGUCCUGACGGAGAGCCAGGUCCUCAGGGUGUGGCAGGGGCAUCUGGGGAUCAAGGCCAGAGGGGUGUGAUGGGGGAGUCUGGGCCUAAAGGUGAAAUGGGUGUUCAAGGCUCAAGAGGGAUCACGGGACUUCCAGGUCCUAAAGGAGAAACUGGCUUACCGGGCGUGGACGGCCGUGAGGGUAUUCCUGGUAUGCCAGGAGGAAAGGGAAGCGUCGGGAGGCCAGGCGUUCCCGGAGAGGUUGGACUUCAGGGGCUUCCUGGUUUGCCAGGUUCACCUGGAACAAAAGGCUCCAGUGGCCCUAAGGGUGACGGUGGUAAGCAAGGACUCCCCGGAGAGCUGGGCUCCACUGGUAAACCUGGUGAGCGUGGAGAACAGGGAGAGGCGGGACCUGUUGGACCCAUCGGUGAACCCGGAGAUAUAGGAGACCAAGGCCUGGUGGGUCCAGCUGGGAAAAUGGGCACGAGGGGACCAAAAGGUGAUCCUGGUCUUCCUGGUCUCCCUGGUCCUCCUGGUCUUCCUGGAAUAAAAGGAGAGAGGGGAGAACGUGGAGAACCGGGACCUAAAGGAGAACAAGGAGUACAAGGUGAUGAGGGAAACCCUGGAGACAGAGGGGAUUCUGGUGAGCCGGGAGAACCUGGUCCCAAAGGCGAGACCGGUACGCCUGGUGACCCAGGCCAAAGGGGUCCCGAGGGGAGUCGAGGUCAGCCGGGUAUCGAAGGCCCUCCCGGGACACCUGGACCACGGGGGAUGCAAGGGAACAGGGGUCUGCGUGGAGUCAGAGGGUCCCAGGGACCUGCGGGUAAAGAGCCGAGCGAUCAGCACAUCAGACAAGUUUGCAUGCGAGUCAUGCAAGAACAGCUGGCCCAGCUGGCUGCCAGUUUAAGAAGGCCGGAGACCGGUGCCGCCGGUUUACCUGGGAAACCCGGUCCUCCUGGGCCUCCCGGRCCCCAAGGUGACAACGGUUUCCCCGGACAGGCUGGAGCGAGGGGCCUUCCAGGACUCAAAGGGCCACCGGGGCAGAUGGGGCUGAAAGGACCAAAAGGUGAACUGGGAGACAGAGGGGCCAGAGGGCCCACUGUGAGAGGACCUAAAGGUCAGCCUGGACCUCCUGGACUUCAUG